AGGAGAAACAAAACCCACAUCCUUUUCAUUUAGAUAUAUAUUAAACAGUGGAUAGGGGAGAACCCAGGCAGAAAUCAUGGGGGCUUUCUUCACCUUGCCCAGCUCUUUUGCUGUCAUUCUCCUGGUAAUUCCUGGAGCUUUGUGUGUGGAUAUCAUUGGAGGACAUGAAGUGGCACCUCACUCAAGACCAUUUAUGGCUCUAAUUAGCGGAGAAAAUGGAGCAAAAAUAUGCGGAGGAGCUUUAAUCAAGGAAAACUGGGUGUUAACAGCUGCCCACUGUGAAAUGAGAAAAAGCAACAUUAUUCUUGGAGCUCAUUCACUGCUAAAAAGAGAGAGAGAACAACAAGUUUUUCAGAUUGCAAAACAAAUUCCCUACCCAUGCUACUCUCCUAACAGUAGAGAAAACGAUAUAAUGCUGCUGCAGCUUAAAAAAAGGGCAAAACUUAAUAAAGCUGUGAAAAUCAUUCCGUUGCCUAACUCAGAUGAUGAUCCCAAAGCAGGAACAAGUUGCACAGUAGCAGGAUGGGGAAAAACUCACAAUAACCUGAAAAAAGGUUCUAAUACACUACGGGAAGUCAACGUCACUGUCAUUGAUAGAAGAAUAUGCAACGAUUGGAAGCAUUAUAAUGGCAAGCCUGUCAUAACAGAGAAUAUGAUAUGCGCUGGGGCUACGAAAGGCGGAAAGGACUCAUGUUCUGGGGAUUCAGGUGGACCUUUAAUAUGCAAUAAUGUGAUGAGAGGCAUCACUUCUUUUGGAAGGGCCAACAGGUGCGGUGCUGCUGACAGCCCUGGUGUCUAUACUCGACUCACAAAGCAAUACCUUCUAUGGAUAAGAAAAACCAUAGGGGGAGAUUUACAGACCGGAUUUUGACCAGCCAAUUUCCUACUUUGUUCUUGUGUAACAAAACCUUGUUACCUUGUUUUGCGAUAUACAUUAUAAAAUAGCUUCGUGAUAGUGGUAAAAGAGGUAUUCCCAUGCUGAGCUUUAGCAGCUUUAUUUCUUUAGGGAUGAAACUGCAUGUCUGCUUUCAGAACAGAGGCAACCUGAACAGGGCCAGAACAGAGCACUCUACAUUAACAGCAUUUGUAGUUUAUACUCUCAGGCAUGGAGUCAUUAGACAGGUAUUUGUGACUCAGGCUUCCGGCAUUCUUGUGCUGAACAUUUAAACCGAGCUCUACAUGGAUAAAUAUUUCUGACCAAGAACCUACUACUCCAGCUGUUUGGGUCCUGACUGCAUGUUGAGUACAUAUUGCAUUCUUCUGUAUCUAGACUUCUGCAAAACCCCCUGAAAGUAAAUGAGGUGCAGGUACAACUCCAGAUAUCUGAAAAACUGAGUAGUUUCUCUGCAGCAGAACUCCUGAUUUUACAGGUGGAAGGAACUGGUAAGCUUUAGGAAAUGAAGUCUCAGCAACUGGACCAUUUGGACAGUUUGAUUGUGAGACAGAAUAAGUGUGUGUUUUCUAACAUGCAUGCAUUUGAAACCUCUGUCUUUCACACUUUAAUGUACUUUGCAUUUAAUAAAGAAUGGCAAUAAAAUCUA